GCCAUGGCCGUCUCCGUGGCAACGGCGUCGGGCGGGCAGCAACCGUCAGGCGGCUCCGCUUCCCCCCAGCCGGCCGGGCCCCUCAGUGCCACCGGAUCCCCUCAGUGCCACCGGAUCCCCUCAGUGCCACCGGAUCCCUUCGGGCCCCUCAGUGCCACCGGAUCCCCUCAGUGCCACCGGAUCCCCUCAGUGCCACCGAGCCCCUCAGUGCCACCGGAUCCCCUCAGUGCCACCGGGCCCCUCAGUGCCACCGGAUCCCCUCGGGCCCCUCAGUGCCACCGGAUCCCCUCAGUGCCACCGAGCCCCUCAGUGCCACCGGAUCCCCUCAGUGCCACCGAGCCCCUCAGUGCCACCGGAUCCCCUCAGUGCCACCGAGCCCCUCAGUGCCACUGGAUCCCCUCAGUGCCACCGGAUCCCCUCGGGCCCCUCAGUGCCACCGGGCCCCUCAGUGCCACCGGAUCCCCUCGGGCCCCUCAGUGCCAUAGGAUCCCCUCAGUGCCACCGGAUCCCCUCAGUCCCUCAGUACCACCAGAUCCCCUCAGUGCCACAGGAUCCCCUCAGCCAGCGGGGCUCCUCAGUGCCACAGGAUCCCUUCAGUGCCACCGCGUCCUCUCAGACCCCUCAGUGCCACCGGGCCCUUCAGUGCCAUAGGAUCCCCUCAGUACCACCGGAUCCCCUCAGUGCCACCGGAUCCCCUCAGCCGGCAAAGCCCCUUAGUGCCCCUGGGCCCUUCAGUGCCACCGCACUGCUCAGUGCCACCAGGCCCCUCAGUGCCACAGGAUCCCCUUAGCCGGCGGGGCCUGUCAGUGCCGCUGGGCCCCUCAGUGCCACAGGAUCCCUUCAGUGCCACCGGAUCCCCUCGGACCCCUCAGUGCCAUAGGAUCCCCUCACUGCCACCGCGUGCUCUCAGACCCCUCAGCGCCACCGGAUCCCCUCAGUGCUACGGGAUCCCCUCAGUGCUACGGGAUUCCCUCAGUGCUACGGGAUUCCCUCAGUGCCACCGGGCCGCUCAGUGCCACAGGGUCCCCUCACUGCCACGGCGUCCUCUCAGACCCCUCAGCCCCCGGAUCCCCUCAGCUCGGUACAGAUCAGCGCCCCGCCGCCCUCCGAGCCGCAAGGGGUGAGGAAAGUGGUGACACAGCUGGAUGCAUGUCCAACAGCAUGGAAAGGCGUUUGAUGAAAGCCAUGGGACUGUGUGAUCUUUCCACCAUGUUUGGGAAAAAGAAGAAAAGGCUGGAAAUUUCCGGCCCCUCCAACUUCGAGCACCGGGUCCACACCGGCUUCGACCACCGGGAGCAGAAGUUCACGGGGCUGCCCCAGCAGUGGCACAGCCUGCUGGCAGACACAGCCAACCGGCCCAAGCCCAUGGUGGAUCCCUCCUGCAUCACUCCCAUCCAGCUGGCUCCUAUGAAGACUAUUGUUCGAGGAAACAAGCCUCGAAAGGAUACUUCAAUCAAUGGCCUGCUGGAGGAGUUUGACAAUAUCUCAGUGACACGAUCCAAUUCCCUGCGCAAGGAAAGUCCUCCCACCCACCACCCAGGAAACGCAAACCACGUGCCAAGGCACCAGGAGGAAAAUGGCUACAUCACGUAUUCUCAGUACUCCAGUGAGUCAGACACUACCACAGACUAUGUCGUGGAGAAGUACCGAGACAAGGCUCUGUACGGGGAGGAGCUGGACAGGUACUACAAGGGCAGCUACGCCGCCAAGCAGAACGGGCACAUGAUGAAGGUGACGUCCCGGGACAUCUAUUACUCAGAAGUGUCACCCCUGCAGCCAGACCUCUCCAGGUUCCUCCCGGAUUACCAUGCUCACCUGGAGACCAAGCCCAAAGCGCUGGAGUACGGCGGCCUAAAGCUGGAGUACCAGCGGAUCCCCAGCGGAUCCUCCCUGGACUACAGAGAUUCCUUUCCCUACGCCCCGUCCCGAGUGUCGCUGCAGAGCGAGUGCCCCAAGGAGAGGCUGGAGUACGGUGACAGUGACUGGGGGCACGGCCUGAGCAAGGAUGACUAUGACAAGAGGCCAAAGUCCUCCUACGUGGACCCUGCCAGCCCUCAGCCGGCCAUGAGGCAGAGAUCCAGGUCAGGCUCCGGCCUGCAGGAGCCGGCCAUGCCCUACGGAGCAAGCGCCUUCAAAGCCCACCAGCAAGGACAUUCCUACAGCUCCUACACCUACCCCCGCCUGUCUGAAACUGCAGCCGGCAUUCCCAAGGUGGAUUAUGACCGAGCACAGCUGGUCGUCAGCCCGCCACUCUCCGGGUCGGACACCUACCCCCGGGGCCCAGUCAAGCUACCUCAGAGUCAGAGCAAAGUCAGCUACUCCAGCAGCAGCUACCAGUACCCUCUGGUCUACCACAGAGCCCCCCACUAUCACCAGCCGCCCCUCCAGCCCGGCUCUCCCUACAUCUCCACCGCCUCCUACCCCAGCUCCCCCAGUAUCACAUCAAGUGCUUAUCCUCCCCCCAGCUGGGGCUCCUCCUCGGAGCAGCAGCCCUCCAGGGUGUCCCACGAACAGUUCCGAGCUGCCCUGCAGCUCGUGGUCAGCCCCGGGGACCCCCGGGAGUACCUGGACAACUUCAUCAAGAUCGGCGAGGGCUCCACGGGCAUCGUGUGCAUCGCCACCGAGAAGCACACGGGCAAGCAGGUGGCUGUGAAGAAGAUGGACCUCAGGAAACAGCAGAGAAGGGAGCUGCUCUUCAACGAGGUUGUGAUCAUGAGGGAUUACCACCACGAGAACGUGGUGGACAUGUACAACAGUUACCUGGUCGGGGACGAGCUCUGGGUGGUGAUGGAGUUCCUGGAGGGCGGCGCGCUGACGGACAUCGUCACUCACACCAGGAUGAACGAGGAGCAGAUCGCCACGGUGUGUGUGUCCGUGCUGAGAGCGCUGUCCUACCUGCACAACCAGGGCGUCAUCCACCGCGACAUCAAGAGCGACUCCAUCCUGCUCACCAGCGACGGCAGGAUAAAAUUGUCUGACUUUGGCUUCUGUGCCCAAGUGUCAAAGGAGGUCCCCAGGAGGAAGUCCCUGGUUGGGACACCAUAUUGGAUGGCACCAGAGGUGAUAUCCCGCCUGCCCUACAGCACUGAGGUGGACAUCUGGUCCCUGGGCAUCAUGGUGAUCGAGAUGAUCGAUGGGGAGCCCCCGUACUUCAACGAGCCGCCGCUGCAGGCCAUGCGCCGCAUCCGGGACAACCUCCCGCCCCGCGUGAAGGACGUGCACAAGGUCUCCUCGGUCCUCCGGGGCUUCCUGGACUCGAUGCUGGUGCGGGAGCCCUUGCAGAGAGCCACGGCCCAGGAGCUGCUGAGACACCCCUUCCUCAAACUGGCUGGGCCCCCCUCCUGCAUCGUGCCCCUCAUGAGGCAGCACAGACAUCGCUGAAGCUUUUUGGGAAGAGGUCAGUGCAGAGCCUGGCACAUGGCAUGUGGGAUCCGCAGGCAGGGAGGAGGAGAACCUUGUGAAGGAAAGCAGCCCUGUGGAAAUACCACGGUGUACAGAACCCCAAAGGCCAGCAGUGCUCUGUGUGCUCCCGCUGUGCCAGGAGCAAUCCAGCCAUGCUCCUGCACUCCCAGCACUGUCCUCUGCUGGGCCAGCUGGGCAAAAAGCACCAAAUGCCAACGUUGGAAAGGUAAUUUAGCAGAGGAGAGCACAGCCAGAGCGAAACACCUGAACUUUACUGCAGGCUACAGCACUUCUGUUUCAGAACACUUUUCUGACAAAGCAAAGCACUUUUUAUCUCGGUCAGAGCAGCGCAAUGUAUUUUGCAACAAGUUUGUAAUUUUCUGUACAGUACGUUUUGAUAACUUGCAGUACUUUGUCAUGUAACUGUUGUGUUAGUUGAAGUUAUAAGUGUAACCUAGCAAGAAUUUUAGAAGAUGAAGUUUCCUACUUUUUUUAACCCUUUUGAAAACAGGAGAAAAAGGAAAAAAAAAAAAAAAAAAAAAAAAAAAAAGAAACAACAACCACCUUUAGGAAGUUGUAAUGUUUUGCAGAUUUCCCAUGGGGUGAUGAAGGGGCUCAUCUCACCCUCAAGGCAGCUGGAAGAGCCAAGGAUGUGGCAGGAGCACCUGGCUUGGGGCGCUCGGUGACAGGGGCAGCCCCAGCUCUGGGUGUCCCUUUCCCCCCUCCCAGCCUGGGCUGAUCCCUCUUUAUGCCACCACAAGGCCAGUUCUGCCACCACAGAAGCCUCCACGAUUUGUGUCACACUCUGGCAGUGGGGAGGGAGGGUAGGAGCUCCUCCUCCCCGCCCAGAGGGAUCCCCAGAGCUCAGGCAGAGCUGUGGGCUGGGAGGGGAUGAGAUGGGAUGAGCUGCCAGGCGUUUGCCAUAAAGGAGAGUCGUGCUGCUGUCUAGACCUUUUUGAAUGUUGAUGCAACAGUUGACUACUGCAGUACAAUUUUGUGUUAUUUGUUGGAUGACUUUGCAUGUUAACUGUAGGCCUAAAUAGAUUUGCCUUUAAAAUUUUUAGAAGUGCUUCAUAAUUAAUUUUAUUUAUUAACAAUUAGUUGUUUUUAAUUAUGUAUAAUACAAAAGCCAUGUUUUUCAAGUUUGUUUUUUUUCUUACUGACCUCAAUUUUAUGGUAUCUUUAAGAACCACAAAGCCAACUUUGUGAAAACACAUUUUCUUUCUUAUAAUGGAAUUUCAUAGUUAAUAAAUUAAUUAUUAUUUAUUGUAGUAAAUUAUAACCAAACAUCUAAACCUGGCAGGAGCUUUGUUUAAAGAUCUUCCUCUGGGAGAAAAGAGUUGCCAAUAGUAAAGAAGCUCCUUUAGUUUUGCCCUUAAAGAAUAUUUGGAGGGAGAGAAGCAAUUUAAAAAAAAAAAAAAGGAGAUAAGGAUGACCUGGAACAUGGAAUAGAUGUUCUUACAUCAGUGUCUUAUCCCCAGUGCUCUCUCCGUACCCCUGUUUGCACCUUUGAAGACACUGAAGAAAAUGAUUUUGUCUCCCGCCGCCCCCCAGCUCCUGGAGCCUACCCGGCUGGGAGCACCCACAGCCUCCCAGGGCUCCUUUUGUAGUCUUGACAACUCAGGAAACCAGGCUGCACCAGUCCAGGCAACGGCACAACUUAAUACUUGCCACAAAAUUACCUUUUUUAACCAUCUUUGAAUAAAAAAAGGGGUUGGUGGGAGGUUUUUCUUCAAUAUUCAGCACAUUUUAGGCUGUACAAGUGAAGAAUUUUCUGCAACUUUCUUAUUAUUAGAUACUUUAAACAGUGUUCAUCAAGUUUACUGAGAGUUUUGUCAAUUUCAGAGGGGUUUUUUUGUGACCACCAGCUACUGGUGAGACAAAUGCACAUGCAAGUUAAAUAAAUUAAUUAAUAAACAC